GUGUCCGCGUUCGUGUCGAAUUUUGCCUUGAAGAUUUUUUCGAUUUUUCUCCAUCAACCCUCGAUUGAAUCUUCUCGAAAACACAACAUUCCGCCCAAGGUCGUUCGAGUGCACCCGUUCCCGGUCGAGUAGUGCACAGAAAAUGGCAAACGCGGACGCAAUCCAGGUCAGUUCGCUGCCCCUACCACCGGCCCAGUACAUCAACCUGUUCACCGAUGAAAACAUCCGGAAGAAUCGGAUCCCGAAGCCACCGCCACCGAUUCAGGAUUCGUACUCCAUGUUUGGUAACCAGUUCAGCAACGAUGACAACAUCAUAAGGCCCCUGGAGGCACAAGGUUUCAAGCGGCUCUACCCGCAGCACUUUGAUCGGCGGAAGGAGCUCAAGAAGUUGAACCAUUCGCUGUUGGUGAACUUCCUGGAUCUGAUCGAUCUACUUGUGCACUAUCCGGACAGUCCGCGGAGGGCUGAGAAGAUAGAGGACUUGAGCCUUCUGUUCGUUCACAUCCACCACCUGCUGAACGAGUUCCGUCCGCAUCAGGCCCGCGAAACGCUCCGGGUGAUGAUGGAGCUUCAGAAGCGUCAGCGGAUAGAGACUACCCAGCGGUUUCAGAACCACCUGGAGAAGGUGCGGGAGAUGGUGAAGAAUGCAUUUGCGUCGCUGCCGGAUCUGACCGAGUCGGACCGGUUGACCAGUGCGGUUGAACCGAUGGACACCGGCAACGACGGGGAAACUGGUAAGGGCCGGGGUGAAGGGUGCCAUCCGCUGGAUCGACUGAUGUGCGAACUGGUGGACAAUAUGUAAGAACUAGAAACCGCAACAGCCAGCCGACGACGACAACAACUAUUCGAUAAGGCUUACACAUUAUAACACACAUUCACUGCUCCGUUUAGUAGCCGUAAGUUUGUAGGAUUAGGCGUCUCUGGAUAAUAGUUUAUUCGUUUUUUUUUCUGGGCCCAAUCGAGUCAAGUCGACACCAGAAUCGGAAGCAGGAUGGGUCUCGCGUAUUUAUUGUCGAGCGAUUUGUUUUUUUUUCUCUUUAAUUGUGUUUGCAAUGUAUUGGAGAGUAAUUUUAAACUUUUGCCCUAACAUACAAUAACCAUAAAACGGUAACCGAGUUCCGUAACUAAGCAAAUAUAAAUUAUUAUGAGUAA